CGCACUAUGUUUGUUUACAUUAUUUAUUUGUCGAGAUUUUAAAAUGUGUGGUUAUUUAGUAAAGAAACACAUUGAUUUAUGAAAAACAAACAUGUUGGUUGUCACUUUGCAUGAAGUAAUAUCGUUCCUUUUAAGUCAAGUUUUCCCUAAAAGGAGUCUCGAUGCAACAAGUCAUUCAGGAAAUUCAGACUUGAAUUCUGUCUCAUGCAUACAUCAAAAUGAUGUUGAAUCGAAAAAAUCUCACGUGUGUUAUGACAAGACGGUAGAAAAAUGUUUAUAUAAUUUCACAGUUCAGUUAUUGGAGUGUGAAGAUGUUCAAUGCCUCGGAACCCUGAUCAAAAACAGUCUUCACAAUGUUGUAACAAACGUGACAUGUGGGUCGUUAUUUUUCCUUGCGGAUGAUAACAGUGGAGUGUACAUGGCUGACAGCAAUGGCAACCAUCUAUGUGAUCCCUGUCCAGACUGUAUCAGGAAUGUCCUUGUCAGUGGUUCACCAUCAUUGCUGGAUGCACAGUGUGUACCGCCCAGCCUUGCACAACACCUACCUGCCGUCACCACCUCACUACAACCACUCAAAGUUGGCUGCUUCCCAGUGCGAGACAGAAAGACGGGUUCAGUAUUGGCAGUCUUGGUGAUCGCUGGGCCCACUGUGUCAGAAGCAACUCUAGCCGACAUUCAAGUACCUCUUAAACAGAUAGCGGCGUGCUACAGCCAUAUUCAGCGAACAUUCCAGUCCCAGCGGAGCAAUGAGGAGAGGGUCAGUCAACAGCUCAUACGUCUCUGUGGAGAGCUUUGUGAUCAAGAUGCUGCUCAACUUCAGCUGAAAGUAAUCAGAUAUUUGGAGGAGGAGACACAGGCAGAGUUUGCCUUCUUGUUACUGGUUGUCCCGGAAACACAGGAACUCUUCUGUCAGGUUGUGGGGAAGAAAGUUCUUCAGGAUGAGAUUCGCUUUCCUGGCCACAGUAGCAGCUUCUCCGCAGCUUUGGAAACAAAGCAGCCCCUAUCACUUGAUGAUGUUCCGAAAGAGAAGAUUCGAGGUAUUGAGGAGUUGGUUGAUACCUCUGUACAUUCCUUACUGUGUGUUCCUGUCACUAGUCGAUCGGACAACUCUCUCAUAGCCCUCGCAUGCCUAGUCAACAAACUCAAUGGACACAGGUUUACAGAGAAGGACAUAUCUACUAUACGACAGUGUUUCCGGUAUACAGCGACUGUUCUCACCAGCACACUAGCCUUCCAGAACGAGCGUAAACUCAAGGUGCAGACACAGGCACUACUCAAAGUAGCUCGCCAUCUCUUCACAAAUUUAGAUGACCUCACAAAGUUGUUACGAGAGAUUAUGCAGCAAGCUAGAAAUCUAACAAAUGCUGAAAGGUGUUCUGUGUUUCUGAUAGACCACGAGACCGAGGAGCUGGUUGCCAAGGUGUUUGAUGGAAUCAGCACAAAAAAGGACAACGAAGUACAAGAGGAGAUUCGAUUGCCAAUUUCUCAGGGUAUAGCGGGAAAAGUAGCCACUUCAGGGGAAUUGCUCAACAUUCAGGAUGCCUACGCUCAUCCCCUAUUUUAUAGGGCCAUAGAUGACUCGACAGGAUUUAGAACAAGAAAUAUUUUAUGCUUUCCAAUAAAAGAUGAAAAAGGUCGGAUUCUGGGUGUGGCACAGCUGUGUAACAAAAAGAAUGGUGAUGGGUUUACUCAGUUUGAUGAGGAGAUUGCCACGGCCUUCGGAAUCUACUGCGCUAUCAGCAUCAGUCAUUCCCUGAUGUUAAAAAAAGUGACAGACUCACAAAUCCGCAGUAACCUAGCCAAUGAGUUAAUGAUGUAUCAUAUGAAGAGCUUAAUGUACAAGAAGUUGCUAGAUACCCAACACAGAAAGUCACUAGCUAAUGAACUAAUGAUUUACUAUAUGCAGGUAAGUCCGGACGAUGUGCAAGGGUUAUCUACAUGUGACAUUCCCCACCCACGCAUGUUAGAUGCGGACUUUGUACAGUUUUCCUACGCACCCAGACUGCUCCCAGAGGAUAGAACACCUUUGGCCUGUUUAGCCAUGUUUGAAGACCUCAAUCUGCUCACGAGAUGGAGAAUCAGAAGGGAGACCAUUGCAAGGUUUAUCCUGAUGGUGAAGAAGGGCUACAGAAACCCUCCAUACCACAACUGGAUGCACGCAUACACUGUGGCCCAGUACUGCUACCAGAUGGUCAAAAACCUGAAACUGGAAAAAUGUCUAGAGGACAUAGAAAUAUUUUCACUGUUUGUAUCCUGCUUGUGCCAUGACAUUGAUCAUAGAGGAACCAACAAUCACUUCCAAACUGCUGCUAAAUCUGUGCUAUCUGCCUUAUACAGUUCUGAAGGCUCUGUUUUAGAGCGCCACCAUUUUGCCCAGACCAUGUGUAUAUUAAAUACUGAAGGAUGCAAUGUAUUCGAAAACCUCAGCAGCAAGGACUACCAGACAGUGCUGGACUUGGUGAGAGAUAUCAUCUUGGCCACAGACCUCCAACACCACUUCAAAAUCAUGAAAAACCUCACUGAACUCUCAAAUAGGGGCUAUGACCGGACCCUUGUGAGGGACCGUAAACUGCUGACAUGUCUGCUUAUGACAGCAUGUGACCUCUCCGACCAGACACGACCCUGGAACAACACUAAGAAAGUUGCUGCCCUGAUCUACAAGGAGUUUUUCUCCCAGGGUGACAUGGAGAAAGCCCGGGGCUGGCAGCCAGAUCAGAUGUACGACCGUGAGAAAGCUCAUAUACCUGCCGUACAGAUUGGAUUUCUCGACUUUGUGGUCCUACCAGCCUUCAGGGUGCUUGAGAAGAUUUUCCCCCCAAUGAAGGAAUGUGCCGACUCCAUCAAGAACAACAAGGAUCAUUGGGAACAGAUCUCAGAACUUGUGAGAAUCAAACAUAGCGGCUCCACCUCACAUAUGACUUUUGAUGAGGUCCUUGCUCUCGAAAAUGAGCCAUUGGACAUGGAAUUGACCAAUGGCGAGAACUAACCUUGGAUUGGAUUAGGCACAUAUUGAUACGACUAAUUAUAUUUAGCCUUUAAAUUGAUUAGACACAUAUUGUGUUGUGUAGACUUUGAUUUGAUUGGGUACAUAUUCAUAUGUGAACCCUUUCAUUGGAUAAGGCACAUAUUCAUAUGUGUAACCUUUGAUUUGAUUUGACACAUAUUGAUAUAUGAAAACCUUUGAAUAUAUAAGGUACAUAUUGAUAUGUGGGAUUGUAAGUCAUAUAUCAACAUUGCAAGGUCCGUUGACAAAACUGGAUGUAAAUCAGACUUAUCAAACAAGCAAAGUAACUAGACAAACAUGUGUUGUGUUUUGAGCCAAGUGAUCAGACUAAGGCUUACAGUCUGUUAGAUAGGUAAAGUGUUUGGUGAGAAAACCUCUUAUAUAUGUGAUUCAAGUUUCUUGUACUGAAUUGUGCAUUUAUUUUGAUAACAGUGAUUAGUAUGAUUAUGAGUUAGGUAGGUGCUGGUGAUGGAGAAAAUACUCCAACAUGUAGUCAGUAGUCAUAUGUAGGAAGUAUUCACACACAGUAGUUAAUAUACAUUACUCAACAUUUACCAUAUGAUUCCAAUAAAAUGAGGAUUGCAACUUUGUAGUUUGUGAACCAUGGCACAGGGAGCCUUAUAUUUGAGCUAACUUGAAGCAAUAUUUCUGAUAAUGACAGUUUCACAUCAAUUAUUCAAAUGCUAUGUUGUGUUAAGUGUUAUCAGUUGUGGAUUUCACAUCGCUGUUUCCUCAAUGACGCUUUAAACAGAACAAACAAUGUUAAAACUUGUCUUACUGAAUUCUGUAAAGGGAGUUAACUUUGUCCAGGCUUCCUAUUCAAUAACCAACUUAGAUUAUACUCAAACUCAAAUUUAAAGUGUUUUGAUUGGACCGAUGGUAAAAUUAAUUGGCCAAUCAACUGAAUGGAAUCACUGAGGCAUGUCUAUGGAUAAGGAUUAUCAUUAUAUUAAAUACAUAUACUAGCCAUGUUUAAUUGGUAUUAUGGAUGCAUUAGGAUUGUAAUACAACUGUUUUUUGGGAUUUAUUUACUCUAGUGAGUUUUCUUGUAAAAGUGUAAGACUAUUUUAGCUUUACUCUUUGAUCUAUAAUCAGGGAAAACAUGUAAUGUUAUAUCAAAUUUGUUAAAAAAUGAAUGAAUAUUUUAUUACUUGGUUAUAACAAUUUAUUUAUUUUCUGUUCUUUUUUAUGUUUAUGAAAAAUAGUAAACAUACAAUGAUUCUUGUAAGCAUUCACACCAGCAGAAUUCUUUAUAUUUCCAAUAACUGUAUUAUUUGAAGACCAUAUCUGAGGAUUUUGUCAUCAAUAUUAUGAUACAAAAAUUAAACAAUAAGAUUUUUAGAAUUGUUUCUUACAUAUUCAAAACCUGAUUUUUAAGAUCUUUCAAAUAAUUUAACAUGUUCUAUAAUAAUAAAAAAUGAUUUUAUUAUUUCAUAUUUAAAAUAACAAGGUUCUACUUUUUAUUUAAGGCCAUAUUUUUGCCCUCAACUGAUAGGCCAUGGUCAUCUCGACAACAAUACAAUAACCUUCAAUGUUCCUGUAUAAGCUGUUAUAUAGCCAUGUCAUGAGAUAACUGCUGUCAGAUAAAUCAUUUCUUUGUUAAUUGUUUGUCAUUGACAGGACAUAAUUGACAUACUGUUGACUGUACCUUUCUGACAGGACAUAAUUGACAUACUGUUGACUGUACCUUGCUGACAGGACAUAAUUGACAUACUGUUGACGGUACCUUUAAAGCAGAUUUGAUCAAAAUGUGUUUCAUGUAACAGCAAUCUACCUGAAUUAUACAAGAAAUGUAUGUGUUUUGUUUUUUCCUCGUCAAAAGCUGAAAAUCAAACUGUUGAAAUCAUUUAAUAUACAUGUAUUAUUUCUUUUCAAGUUAAAUCAGUUCAAAUAUUUAACAUAUAAAAAGGGGCCAUCUUAGGAAAUUGCUAACUGUAGGAAAGUUUAAAAAACAAUAUUUUUGGUUGUUAUUUUAUAUGUAUUAGAAAAGAAAUAUGUUGGAUGGAUGGGUUCCACUAAAGGGUUAUUUCAUUCUGCAAAUAAAGCAUUAACACUCAUUUGGUUUUCACUGGAAUUUCUAGAUCUUAAGAAGUUUUGUUGUGCUUUAAUGAUAAGAUACAGUGUAACUGAGUCAUAAAUAUGUGAAUUAAGGCUGCCUGGUGACCUCAUAUCAUAAUAAUAUCACAAACAUAAGCUAUGUUGGCCUGUAAAGAUGGCAAAAAAGGUAUUAGCUAUCAACAUCGAUACCUACAUUAUAUGGGGUCACCAGCCAUCAAAAUGUAACAAUUUUUUUAACAUAAUUGGCAAUUAUUGGUAUUGGAGAACUAGCCUUUUUGUGGGUCAGAUUCCUGAGCCAAACUCAUUUAUAAAAGUGUAAUUUAUUAUAUUCUCAUCCCAAUGAUAUGAUAAUUGCCACUAUUUGUACAUGGAAUUCAGUAGAACAGAUACAAUGUAUGCUUUUGUGAAAUACAAUGGAAAUGGGAAAAUACAUUCCCUCUCCAACAGUAAUAUUGACGAGCAGUUGUGACAUUUUCCAUUUAGUUUGUUUAGGAAAAGCAAUACUUUAUGUUGGUGCUGAAGAGAUGAGGCCCUUUGAGUCUUAUUAAACAACAAUGGCAUUUAUUUAUUUUUUACCAUUUUUAUGGGAAUACAUGUAAUUUUAUCAAAUCAAUAAGUGUUGAUGAUGUUUGUCAUCUGCUACACUGACACUCAACAGAUCUUCCAGUGUGAAAUGGGUAUUUUUCUAUCCUUUUAAACAUGAAAUAACUGAUCUGAGAUUUACUAGUAUGAUAUUACAUUAAAUAAAGGGUAUAUAAACAAGUUUGCUUUACUGUUGCCAUAUCUGUAAAACUUAUUGUCUUUGAACUUCCAUUCAAUAUUCUAUGAAAACAUUUGUAUAAUUUCCAUCACUGUAUAUUCAAAUGAUUUUUUCACUUCAAUCAUUUCAAUAUUUAAAGUAUAUAGUUUAUAUUUUGCUGCCAUUUCACAGCAUUAUUUAUUCAAGUGAAAUUCAUUGUUACGCUUUUGAAAACAAGAAUGUGCUACAGUAAAAUUGCAUUUCUUUACCAUUCGACGCCAAACUAUGUCUCUUCAUUUGUUUCCCAAUUGUAUAUUAGAACAUUCAUUUCACAACAAACAGUGUGACCUGCUCUUGGUGUCCGCUAUCUUUGCACACAGUAUUUUAUGUCUAAUCGACCUAAGUAUUCUCUUUUUGCCUUUCUUAGCCAGUACGUUUGCACAUUUCUUUAUAACCCAAUGCACUUUAAUUUACUUUUAUGAAUUGUACAGAAUAUUAUUGUAUUAAAAAUCAUUAUUUUUUAAACUCUGUAUAUUGGCAUGCAUCAGUAUUCUCUGUUCAGACAUCCAUGAAAACCAAUUAUUAUUUUAAUUCUAUUUUCAUUAGUUUAAUUUUUUACACAUUUUUCAUUUGUUCAUACAUUUUAUACUGUUAUCAUUAAUGUCAUUAUGGUUUUAUCUCCACACUCAACUUCCAGUACCUGUAUAUUGUUAUUUCCACAUAUACCUCUCUCCCCUUCCAUUUACUUCAAGGUUCAAUUAAUCUUAAUUAAUCUUAACGUGAUGUACAAUCAGCUUAACAUUUCACCCAGCCAUUGGUAAUAAUGUUAAAUGUUGACCCCUGGUGACCCCAGGUAAUGUUGGUAUCAAUUGAAAGGGUAUUGCUUACUGAUUACUUUAAUAAAUGACCAAAAUAACAGUAAAAAUAAUGUUAUGGCGGUUUGUAAUUUUAUUCUUUAUUACAACUGUAAUCGAAAGUGAAAACAAGAGUUUUUAGUUUUCAAAGCUUAAUUAGCUUGUUGCAAUGUUGUUAUUGGCAUAAAGAUUACAUAUUUACUGCUACACAGUGAACCAUUGCAUACAUACCAAAAUAAUAUGAUGUGAGCAGAACGUCAGUUGAAAGAGCGAAUGUACAAACUGUGUGUGUUAUAUACCUUCGGUCAAUUUAUUAGAAAACAUUAUUAGAAAUCAGAAAGCAAUUACAGUACCUUUCAAUUCCGACCAAAAUAAUUUGGGGUCGCAGGGCAUAAAAAAUAACACAAUUUUAUAAUUGAGCUUCCAAGGAACGAGCUUAUGUGUGGGUCGAAUACCUUAGAUGGGAAAAGGAACAUGCAAACAUUGUUGCCCAACAGUGCUAUAUACAUUACAAACAUGUUAUUCUGACCUAUGUUUUAUGAUAUUCUGACAUGUGCAUUUAGAGAUGUAAACAGACCUAGCACUUAGGAACAACACUUUUAGCUCUGAAUGCAUUUUGCCAAUUUACCUUAUGUAAUUAGAAUAUUAUAUAUAAUUUAUUUCUUGUUAAUUGUUAUUAUGUGUGUUCAUGUCACAUUGUGUAUUGUAUGAAUCAUUUGUUUACAUAUUAAAGUUAAUAAAUUGUUAAUACCAGUG